UACAAACACACACACACACAUAUAUAAAAACAAUUCAAAAGAACACGAGAAAACAUUAAACCACCCACGAGUGCCAGCAGCAGCAGCCAAUACCCCUCCCGUCCGAAUGACAUUAAAUAACUAGCCAGCCAAGAAUGCCGGAGGCCAAUCCGAAACGUAAUGGACCAAAUGAUGACCAUCAUCAGCAACAACAAUUGGCAACGACAGUGGCCCAUACACGUGCCCUGCACAGUGCGGACAGUAAAAUACCCAAACCCAAGUGGAACAGAUCCAAUUCCAUUGAUGUCACCUAUAUACCCCUGAAUGAACGACAAAAUGGUGAUCUAUAUUCAAAUGACGAAUGUCUAAAUGAUCAUCGGAGAUCAUCACAAAAUGAUGUUAGCAGUUUGAAGUCCUCAACGCAGAAUUGCAGUUAUUGUUGUUGUUCAUCAUCGUCCUCUUCAUCGGAGCCGAGAUCUUCCUGUUGGCAUUUGAAGCGACGCCAAAUCAUACGCCAAAGUUCACAUGCAUCAGCUAAAAAUAGAGAAGACUAUAUUGCCAGCCGUACCGAAAUAGCCCCACUAACAACACCAGCAACAACAACAACAACAACAACGUUGUCAGGCAAAAAAUCCAUCUCAUUGCCGGCCACACCAAAUCUGUCCCAGCUAAGGCGGCCCAUAUUGGCUGCAUCCAACUAUAGGUUACUGCAUGACGAACGGCUGCAACCUGGGGUGUUAGGCGACAACGACGACAACCACAUGCCGUUGACAUAUGACCAGCUGAGGGCGACAGAACACCAAAGUCCAGUAAAUUAUCCAUGUCGUUUUGUCGCUGCCGGUGGGGCUUUUUGUAACCCCUCCCCCAGAUCGUUGGCCCAUGGUGGUGGUGGUGGCAGUAGUGAUCCUCAUAAUAAUUCCAUGGUGGUGAAUCAGGCAGGAUAUUAUGACAAUGGAACAACAACAAAUCCGGCCCACAACAACAACAAUAACAACAAGGCAGCCAUGUGUGCCAACAUUGUUGUGGUGCCUACGGCGCCACCAUCCAACAAUCAAACAUCUCCGUCCAGCAACAGGUUCGAUGCAACCAAAAUGAGAGGAAAUUUCAAUACGAAAUCUCAAAAUCCACCACCACGGCCCCAUGGCGGCGGCGGCGGCAGUGGUGGAUUUCUACGCUGUGAGCAUUGCUGUGAGCGUAAAAAUGAUGGCCAAAAUGAGUUGGCUCUGAAACACACCUCAUCCUACUCGGCCAUGUACCAGCCAUCCGAUACGGAAACAGUCUCUGAAUUGUCGUCGUAUCGUUUUGUAACGGAUGAAGAUUUGGAAAUUCGGAAUUCGAAAAAUUAUUGUUCGCCUAGCCUUGACGAUGAUGCCGCCCAGCGACGAAGAGUAAGGCAAACGAAAUUGUCGCAAUCAUUGUCGUCGUCGAAUUCGGUAACGUCGCCAUCUACGUCGUGUGUGAAAAAUUAUGACAAUAGGAGUCGAGAGAAGAAUAGCGAUUACCUGACGAAUCAACAUCACGAACUUUAUACUAACCACAACAACAACAAUAAUAAUAAUAAUAAUUACAACAACAAAAAUCAAAAUUAUCGGGAAACGGAAAAACGCGAAAUCGAACGGGAAUUCGGUUGUGAAUUAAGACGAAGUGCUGACGAAGUGGAUAGUGAAACCAAUAAUUGCUGUUAUAGCAUCGAUAAAUCGCAUAGUGAUAAAGUGAUAUAUUAUCAGGCCUUUGCCGUAACCGAACCAGUGCAAAUUCCCCCAAGUUUGGUGAAAAAAGAGCAGGAAGAUCUACUCUCCUCCUCGCUGCCGCGCAACUAUGGCAGUGAUGUUGAUGGCAGUUCAUUUGCUCGCCAACUGUUUUUGAGACAAAGUUUAAGAUCCUCAAGAAAUCCCAGCGGUCCGCCACCGGUGCCACCCAAACCUCCGACGGAGGAUAGCAGCAACGAAUCGAGCUCCUCCUAUGAUCCGCAGAGGUUCUAUAAAAAACUCCAGCGUUUUGAGAAACAAAAUACGGUUAUAAAUCAGACAUUGAGUCGGGAGAAUUUGCGGGCCAAUGCCGAACGUUCCCUGACCCCGGAACGUUGUGAACUUUUGAAUUGUUUUCCGAGUUAUAGGAAUCGGGGCAGUCUCCCACGGGACAAAGAGGUGGAAUAUCAAAACUCCCACGCUCCGCCAGAGCAUUUUCACGAACCCCCCAUAAAUGGUUCACAUCUGGGGUAUCCUAACGAUCCAUUGCCUAGCUAUAAUCCACCUUACACUGUAGCCACCCCAUCAAGUCCCAAACGUACCCUAAGAUAUGAUCAUCACGGACGCUUAAAGUCCUCGUAUAUUUCACAGCUUCCCGUUGGCCAGCAGCGACGUAACUCCCUGGAAACAGGGGAACACUCUCCGAUACCCCAAAGGGCCUAUAGUUAUACACCCAUAAAGUUAACGCCCACGCUGACGCGUAAAUUUACCUAUACUCCAAAACAUACGAUAACCGCGGAACUAACCGAAGUCAAUGAAGAUGAAUAUGAAAUCAAUGAAAAAUUACAAAAGAAUCAUGAAAAUGCCACGAUCUCGAGUCUAAAGAAAUAUGAAAAUCAUUAUCCGCUCAAGCAGCACAGUGAAGUUUCAAACCCCAAACAAAGUGAAGUUCUAAACCCCCAAACAAGUGAAUAUCAAAAGCAAACAAGAGAAAAAGAUAUAACACAAGAAGAAAAUAACGAAAAUCUAAGUGAAAAUCAAAACGAAAAUCGUAGUGAAAAUACAAGUUCCCCCCACAGACCCACACCCCUUAAUAUAAACCCCAAUAUCUCUCAAUCGCCCAUUUCGCCCGGUCAAAUAUCCUACGAAAACACCACAUCACCACCAGCAUCACGUUUACUGCCACCCAAAAAGUCGCACUCAUCUCCGCUUGUCUUGCAGACACCCUCCAGUCCGGUGUGGUUAAGUUCGGAGACAAUUGCAUCCCAAACCUCUUCCUCACAACGUUGUCUGGACGAGACGCAAUCGAAUUGUAGCGAUCAAACAACCAUCUUUCAUUUUGAACCGGACAACACCUCACCCUCAUCGUCUUUGCUGUAUGGUCAGCAUCAGCAACAGGUGAAUGGUGGUGGUCACACGAACAAUUCGAGUGGUGGUAAUAAUUUCUUAAAAGGACCUCUUCUCAUAAGACGUCUACCGGCCAUACAAUCCUUUGGUUAUAUUCCAACACAUUCAUCAUCUUUGGGCAGCGCCAAUGUGCGAGAGUACAUUGAAAAGGAGAUCACCAUGGAAAAACGACGUAAUACAUUGGAUCGUUUUCAGCGUUUAGGUUUUGGCCGCAAAUCAUCGCCGAGCACAACAAACGUGUCCAACAAAAAUUCAUCAGCAACAACAACGCCAACAACAGCAGCUGAUUCGUGUGGCACUUCGAAACAACGCAAAUCAUCCGAGAAAACUGAACGGUUGCGUGAACUCACCGAAUUGUUGAGAGUGGGUGGCGAUAAGGCGGGUGGCGGCAGUGCGGGUCGCAGUUCUUCGCCCACCCCACCGCCGGUGCCGCCGCCAAGAAAACAACGUUCCUCGACACCAUCGUCGGCCUCUACAAGUUUUGAUAAGGCGGAUGCCAGUGAAAAAUCAUCACCUUCAACGUCACUUUUGUUGGCGGAAAACUCAGCCAACAACAACAACAACAAUAACGGCCACAGCAAUUGCCUUAGUGGCAGCAAUCGUUGCAGUGACAACGCCAACAACAACAACGAACCAAUUCUAUCAUUCAUGUCGACGCAUUCCGAUGAUAUAUUGCUAAUGGAUCAAGACGAGCCAAGCAAAACCUCACGACCACUGCGCCAUCUACAAAAACAAAUCUCCAUGGAAUCGGGGGUGGUGCUGGAGGAGAAGGGCAUCGAGCAAUUAAAUGUAAACAAUGCCAAAUACUCAUCACUGUCGGCCUCGGCCACACCGCUGGCCUCCCCCACCAAUCUGAAGAGCAACGCCUCGCUCUCCAAUCUGGAAGUGUUGCUAAUGAAACGUGAAUCGAAAUCUCCGCCACCAUCCGCCAGCGGCCUGCUCGAGUGUCUGUCAGAAGAUGAAUCGGCCACGGCCAAGGCAAGUAGUAAGCGCAGUGGUCUGAAGGCAGGCAAAAGCAAAGUGACGCGCACGGAUUCUGUUGGUCCCAUCAGUCCCAAGGGAAUGCCAUUUCGUUCGGCAUCAUUUUCGCAAAUCGACUAUUCGGCGGGUAAAUACAAGAAAUCGGCUCUUGCCGCGCUACGCGAUCGUUUGAGACGUGACAAGACGGUGGAUGGGACAAGUCCCUCGACGUCGUCGUCGAUAUUCAACAGCGUUGUGGACAGUUUGACGUGGCCCCGGAAGAAAUUGGAAGAGAAAUCCAACGACAAAGUGGAGGAAAAGGAAAGCCCUCCCCAGACGGCAGAGGUGGAGGCGGCGGCGGCGAAAAAGGAACCUGAUUGGAUUUAUAUCCCCUUGAAGCAGAAACCUGAUCUCAGUAUUAAUUUGUGUUAUGGUCAGGACAAGAGUUUAGAGGACGUCAUGGAAUCGCCGGAAUUGAUACCCGAAGAGGAGGUGUUCAUGGCCGAUACCAUACAUGAGCUGCCGGAGGAUAAUGACAAACUGGAAGCAGCCAGUGUCAUCACCAUCCAGGCCAGUCAUGCCAAAAUGGAGUCCCUCACCGAUACCAUACAAUCGGAUAAUGAUUAUGUCAUUGAUGAGAGCCAAGUGCCGGUGACAGUGGAGGCCAGCAAUUUGGCAGAAGCCAAAUCUGAUUGCCAGGACGCUAAUUCCACACCAAAUUCACCCACCACGGAGGCCACUCCAGGGAAUGAUGGCCUUGCUCCCAAUUUGGCCACUCUAAUGGAGGAACAAAUCCCAUUGGAAUCUCCCCCGGACAACUUCCUGCAAACAGCUACAACCUGCUUGAUACCAGUUCCCGUCUAUGAAUGUGCUGCCCAGGAAUGGGGUUUGGAAAAUCCACCCCAAGAAUGGGAGGAGGUGGCCCCUGAGGAAUUCAUAAUUCUACCCGAACCCAUUGAACCCCUGGCUACCCUGGAUCAGUGUAACAUUGAAAAACCUGAAACCAAAACCGACAGUGAGACGGUACCCACCAUUUCGGUACGGAGGUCCUCCGAUGAAAUGGACGACACGGAACUGCUAAGGAAAAAGGAAGAAUCACCCGAUAAAUCUUCCAAAUCGGAUGAAAGUGAAUGCCAGGAUUCCAAAACCGACAUGGAUGCGCUCAACGAGAAUCGUUCCUCCCUCGACAACAUACCCACACGCCAUAGUUCCGAUGAUCGGCGAAAGGCGGAUAUGUCCACCAGACGUAAGGGCAUCUACAUUGAGAACUGGCAUGAGCCCUCCGAUGCCCCGGAUGGCACAUCGCACAAAUCUCUAGCCCUCGAUAUUUCCAUAGCCAAUUUGAAUGCCAUAAAACCCGACUCCUCCGAGGAUGAUAUGAUGUACAUCAAUAGUCCCAUUACGGACGAUAACAAGACUCCAGCUUCGCUGUAUUCCUUUGAUUUGAAUACCCCCGACUCAGAGUAUCGCCAUUCACCGGUGUGGUCCAAAAAUCCCAUGAUGUCCAGUUUUAGUUGUCAAUCUUCGGAAGAGAAAGAUGAUCCGCCAUUGGCCUCGCCACCCGUCUCUUUGAGUACUUCACACAUUAGCCUUCCCAGGCAACAUAAAAGUUUUCCAUUUUUGCGUACCGAUUCUGUGUCGGAUAAUGAAAGUGAUCGUACACCACCUCCCCGAGAUCGUAAUAGUCCCGUUUCUGGGGAUCAUGAUUUUAAGCGGUUCUCGAAGCGUCCCUUGCGCGGUCCCUAUGGACAAAUGCUCGAAGCGGAAAUGAAGAAACCACAGAAAAAGCAUUUCGAAGAAAUUCUCGAGGAGCUGAGAGAGGAUAAUGGUUCCUUACAACCAAGGCGCCAGCGUUCUACAAACGAUGACGCAGGUGGCAGUCGUGGCAGUCACAAUGUACUGCCCCACUAUUCCAGUUCGAUGCGUGUGCGUAAAAUAGGCACUGGCAACAAUCACAACAACAACAACAACGGCACCAGUCUACCAGUGCCCCAGCAUACGCGUGCCGCCUCAACACCAUCACAAAUCGAAAACAUCAGUGGCAGUCGAGGCAGUGCCAGUGGCAGUAAAUCUGACGCCUUGGAUAAUGAUCUACGUCUAAUUAAGCCGCUCGAAAAGAAAUAUCAAUCGACAUUGGAUACGACCAGUAUAGGUCGUGACGAUAUGUUGUUGACAACAACAACAACGGCGGCAAUGGUCAAAGGUGAUGCCAAAUCGGCGGCAACCACCUCACCGACCUCCAAAUCCAAGACAUCCCUGCUGCAACGUGAGCAGAAGCGAGCAGCUUCCGAAAGUCCCACGAAAACCAGUCACAGCAAACGCAGUCAAUCGAUGAGUAGUGGAGAGAAACCCUCGAACCACUUACAACAUGUCCAUCAGCAGAAACGUAGUCUGGAUGUGACAAGUACGAGCAAACAACACAAGGCUGGAGCUGGAGGUGGUGGUGCAACAUCCACGGCGACAUCAACAUCAACACCAACAACAGCUGCUGCUGCUGCCUCCGGUGGCAAUGCAACCCAAAUUCUGCCCACACAAGAGCUGCUGGCCCAGCUGUUAAAGGGUUCCAGCGAAAAGCUACUGUCCGAACAGCGACAACAAAUGUUUGCGGACACCCGCACACACAUUGUCCACGAAAUCUUUCGCAAUGAACAAUCCUAUGUUGAAUCCCUGCAAACCAUGGUCAAUCGUUAUCUCAAGGCAUUGAAAUCGCCCGAGCAUGCCGGUGUCAUAGAGGCCCGCACAGUGGAUGAAAUCUUCUUUAUGGUUCCCGACAUCCUUGAGAUCCAUGAGAAAUUCUUGGCCGAACUGCGUAACCGUUUGGACAAUUGGGAUGCCCAACAAAAAGUGGGAGAUGCUUUUAUGGAAACGUUUUCCAAACUAGAAGUCCUUGAGGUCUACACUUCGUUUGUGAACAAUUGUAGUCGUGCCAAAAAUGCCAUUCGCACAACAAAACAUCAACGACCUGCAUUUGCCAAAUUCCUGGAGACAACGGCCCGCGAACACAAGGGCAAGCUGACCCUGGACUACUUGCUAAUCAAACCGGUGCAGAAGUUUCCAAACUACGAACUACUCUUCCAAAGACUUAUCAAACACACCGAUCACGAUCAUCCCGACCACAAACACCUGCAGGAUGUCCUCAAGCUGGUGCACGACAUCCUUGUGCAUAUCAAUUGCAAAGAGCGUGAAAUUCUCGAAAAUGGUCAGCGUGAGGCAACGCUGCGUGAACUGGAGGGUGUUAUUGAAGGCAUAACCGAUCUCAUUGCACCGGAUCGACAAUUUUUACUUUUCGAUUUGGUCACCAUGCCUUCGGGGCAGGGGGCACGCAAGGAGCGGGGUUUCUUUUUGUUCAACGAUUUGCUGGUAUUGACGAGCAUCAAAAAACGAAGUGGCACCAUACGAAAACCGAAUACAACAACAUGUCCGGGCACAGUGGCCUCCACGCUGGAUACCAAUAAAUAUAAAUUUUUAACCAAGAUCUCGUUGGAUUGCUUGGAAAUUGUUAAGACAAAAGAUGAAAACAUCAAACGCAUUAUGACUGAAAUCGAAAAUCUCGCAGAAGACUGCAACAAACUACAACAGAUCAGUGAAAUAACAUCCUCUCUCAAAAUGCCGCAUCAGUAUUUGGAAGAUGUCAUCCGAGAAUUGUUGCGCGAUGCCCAGCGCCAAUUGUCCGAGAGACAGACAAAUGAUGCUCAACUGAAUAUGCUCGAAUUAGCGGUUAAUUCGCCAAAUGGUACUCAAAAGUUAUCCAUAGUCUUUAGUAAGUCUGAAAAGAGAACACAAUGGGAGGAGACAUUUAAUGAAGCCAAACAAAAAUUAGCCGCCACUUUGGAACGUCAUCCCAUACCCGAGUUCUUAACCUCAAUACCGAUACGCAAAACCAGAGCCGGUCUACAAUUCACCUGUGCCGCUGCAACGCUAAGUGAGAAACGUGACGUUUGGGUGUGCAACAGUGAUGGUUAUGUGGGACAAGUGUGCAUUAUGUCAUUGCACCCCGAACCGAAUGUGACCAGCUGUAAUGGUGUUUGUAAUGCUCGCAUUUUGUGUGUUGCCUCUGUACCUGCUUAUAGUCCUCAUAGUUCUUCCAUUAAAUCCACAUCUUCCUCGAAUGAUGAACAGUCUGUGUCAUCGUCCACAACAAGCUCAACACUGAAACAGCAGCAUCAGCAACAGCACCACCACCAUCAUCACCAGCAGCAGCAACAACAACAGCAACGCUCUUCCUUACCUCCGCUAAGUUAUACUCAACAGUUGUUAGACUAUCGUAAGAGCAUUUCUCCCAACUAUUCCAACCCCUCGUCGCUGAUUGGUACACCGGAAAAGAAACGUGACAAAUCACAAUCGAAUAGUUUGGCUGGUGGCGGCAGCAGCAGUUCGGUGGCUGCUUCAACGGCCAGCGGAGGUGGUGCCGGGGCUAAUAAUAGUGAUAUUCAAUUAGAUUUAAAUUUAAGUUCCAGCGAUGAAGAGGCUGAGGCGGCAAAUGCUGCGGCGGCCGCUUCCAGUGGUGUGAAUUCCUCGUCAGGGGGAGUGGGCAAUAGCCACGGUAGUGGCAUAUGCGAGCGAGUGCCAAGUCCGGCACCAUCAACUCAUACAACGGGUUCAACGUCGACAGCAUCGACGGCCAUUGUGGGUAGUAGCAGUACAUUAUAUCAUGGACAUCAGGACUCCAACCCCGACGAAAGUGAUGGCAAUCAAUCGACCAUGUGGAUCGGCACCGAAGAUGGCUGCAUACAUGUCUACAAUAGCACCGAUAACAUACGCAUCAAAAAGAAUCGCAUCAAGAUUGAACAUCAUGCUGCGGUCUACUCAAUUUUGUACCUGGACAAUCGUGUAUUUGUGGCCUUGGCUAAUGGCGAUAUAUGCGUUUAUUUACGUGAUGGAGCUGUCUGGAAUACCACAUCAUCACAUUGUUUAUCCAUUGGAACUGUGACCAGUCCGGUGACGAAGCUACUCAAUGUCCAUGGCCGAUUGUGGUGUUCGAUACAGGGCAUCAUCAAAGUAUUGGACAUUGAAACGUUGGCGGUGGUCAAUCAAAUCCAAAUCUCAUCGGACUCAAAGCCCAUAACAAAUAUGUGUGUAUCCAGUAAUUAUGUCUGGAUUUCAAUACAGAAUUCAGCGCACAUCAAAUGUUUCCAUUCCAAUACACAUCAACUCAUCACCGAAGUUAAUUUGGCUCAGGCUGUGAAUAAAAUGCUCUCGAACUGUGACGAAAUUAUACGCCAACACAAGGCUGCCUGUCUGCGUGUUACAUCGCUUCUCUCAUGUCGCGAUCUUAUUUGGAUUGGUACCAGUGCUGGGGUGCUGCUGACAAUACCCUCACAAGGCUAUGAAAAGGGUGCACCAAAUGUGGUGCCCACAGGCAUACCUCAUGGCCAUACGGGUCAUGUGCGGUUCCUUACCUACGUUGAGACAACUGGAGCCACAGGCAGUGCGUCGAGCGGGGAAAGUGGCAAGGAUCAUGAAACAAAUGCCGGUUCAAAAUCACCCAAACCCAAAGGAGAAAGUGCCGCGAAUUCUGCCACCAGUACACCCGGUAAUAUACUCAUCAUUUCUGGCGGUGAUGGUUAUGAAGAUUUCCGUAACUCUGGCGCUAAUUCGCUCAGCGAAAUUGCCGGACGCGAAGACAGCACGAAUCAUCUGCUUAUAUGGCAAAUUUGAGCCCGAAGGCGUAAAAAUCGCUGGCGCGUACUACUCAAACGUUGGAAGAAUAAUAAUUAGCAUCAGCUAAAUAUGAUUUUAGGUAAAAAGUUUCGAACGUUUUAGCCGCUGUGUAUGGGUGUGGGUAGCGUAGCUGUUACGCCGUAAAAAAUGGAAUGAAAAGAGAAAACAAAACUAUUGGGGAAAAUGGAAGGCUAGAGGAAAAGGGAAAUGAGAUAGGGAGAGAAAGUGAAAAUGAGAGUUGGCUAUUGUGGGGUGUAUCAAAUGACAGCCCAGCCAUCUGCAGGUUUCUUUCUUUCCCACAUCCAUUGUCUAACAAAAGAAAUUAACAAAACUGAAAUACUGUCUUAUACUGAUGUGCCAAAUGAACACAAAACUAAAUUUGUGGUAUUGCUUCAGUUGCGAAUGAUUCUGAUUUUGUUUGUUUUCAAUCGCCUUUUUGGUUUGCAAAUUUGUCUUUAAGCUGGGGUUUUAGAAGGCAUUUUGAAUAAAUUUUUUUCUUGAUACUGGGGAAGAACAAGUCAAGUUUGAGGGGUGAGAUAUUUAUAUUUGUGGCAAAAAAAAAUAUUUUGAAAUGAACAAUUUUUAAUCACUUAUAUCGAAAUCCUUUAAGGAUAUUUUUUGAUGAAAUAUUUUUAGAUACAUAUAUUUUUUUAAUACGACAUCGCCUUCCGACACAUUUUCGGUAUUUUGAUAUUUAUUUGCAAAAUUCAAUGGAAAAGUUUUACUUAUUUCUCGAUUCUCCUUGUUUCGGUUAUAAUUUUGAAUGUGUUAUGAAUAACUUUUCGAAAAACAUGGGGAAAUAUUAAAGCGAUUUUAGGAAAUAUUGUUUUUGUAGCAUUAAAUAUAGAUUUAAACAUAUAUAGCAGACAAUCCAUGAAAGGCCCCUAUAGGCGAUCUAAGGAAUGGUUUAUUAGCAACCCGAAAAAAUUAAUUGACAUGGUUGGAAGAUCAUGUUUUUAAGGUAUUUGUAGGCAGAUUUUUUCUAGCAUAUAGCCGCUGAUAUAAGAUUUAAGGUAAACCGCUGAGAGAUUUUCCGGUCAAAACGAGAGGAAAUUCUUACGAGUCUUCAUAGAAAAUCUAAAACAAUUAAAAAACGAGAAAUAAUAUAGAGUCUUAAAAGACGGGCCUUAAAUUAUUUAUUUUAGAACCCUAGGGAUUUUUGACAAGCGUACCAUUUUUGGCGAACUGAAGAACAUAUUAUUAGGCAAGUUAUAUAUAGCCUUUUUAGAGCAUUUCGACAGACUUAGAUAACGAAUUUUUAUUAUUAAAAUUGUAAUCUUAAUAGACGAGAUAUGAAGCGCUCUGUGAACUUUCGUGCCACGAAGUUUUUAAAUUUGAGUCCUUUAAAAUGAGUUGUGAAGUCGGGAGCUUCUAUGGUAGAGACCCGGUGGACUCGUGUGUUAAGUGGUCGUUACAGCAGCUAAUUUUACCUGAAGUUCAUCACUUUGAGGAUAUAAAGGCCUCCACAAGAAUUUUCUUAGAAUUUCCGACCAAGGCGAAAAAUAUAUCAGAAUUGAUAGACAUUAAAACCUCCGAUGAGAAAAAAAAAAUGGUGGCUUUUGAAGGGAUCUGAGAGAGUCGGCUAAAUGAAUAAAAUGCGACGGACCAAAUCAAAUUAUUUAGAGGAGGUCUAAAACUAGACAAUAAAAAGGAACUUUUUGCAGGUCCCAAGGCAAGACCUGAGAGACAAUCCAAGCGAUUGCCAAAAGAGACCUGAAAGGGUUUUUUUUUUAAUGAAAAUGGUAGUCAGUCGAAAUAAUUAUGUAAAUAGGCAAACCCAAUACAACCUGUCUGUAUAAUUCACCUAAAAGUACAAAAAAAUCGUAAAGGAGAUCUAAAAUAAGGCCUUCAAAAGGGAAUUAUUUGCAGUUCGUAAAAGUGGGUUUUAUAGACCAUUCAAAGGAUUAAUAAGAGAGUUGACAUGAGGUAACUGCAACUGGAUCUGUAAAUUUACCUAAAAGUAGC